AUGGGUUUCCCCCCUAAUAUUAUCCUUUGGAUAAAAGCUUGCAUGACUAGUCCCACUUACUCCAUUUGCAUUAAUGGGAGCCUGCAUGGUUAUUUUAGGGGGGAGAGAGGUUUGAGGCAAGGUGACCCUAUGUCCCCUUAUCUCUUUGUUAUUGUCAUGGAAAUUCUCUCUAGAAUUCUGGCUGAGAAGGCUUCUCACCCUGAUUUCAAAUUCCAUUGGAGAUGUGAAAAAACUAAGAUUGUUAAUUUAUGUUUUGCUGAUGAUUUGAUGAUAUUUUGCAAAGGGGAUGUGUCUACUGUUCAGUCCAUUAAAUUGGGAUUAGAAGAGUUUAAGAGUUUGUCUGGGCUGUCUCCUAGCCCUAAUAAGAGUCACAUCUUCUUUUCUGGCUGUGAUGUGCAGUUAAGAAAUGAGAUCCUUGGGGUGUGCAAAUUUAGUGAGGGCAAGUUACCUGUGAGAUACUUGGGGGUUCCUCUAGUUUCCACUAAACUUAAGGCCAUUGACUGUGACCAACUGGUGGAGAGAAUUACAAAAAGGGUUAAGAGCUGGACAAAUAAGUGCCUCAAUUAUGCUGGUAGAGCUCAGUUGAUCCAAUCUGUUUUAUUCUCUAUGCAAGUUUACUGGACCUCUUUAUUCAUCCUCCCAAAGAAGGUCAUUAGAUCUAUUGAGAGUUUAUUUAGAGCUUUCUUUUGGUCUGGGUGUGAGCUUAAAAAACAUGGGGCUAAGGUUUCUUGGGAUAGAAUUUGCUGCCCUAAGAAGGAAGGGGGGCUGGGUUUUAAGUCCCUCACUGUGUGGAAUAAGGCUGCCAUUGCUAAACAUGUCUGGUUCCUCUUCUCUGGGGGAGAGCAGUCAAUGUGGUGUAUUUGGGUUAAGUCUUAUAUUCUGAAAGGUAGGAGUUUUUGGAGAGUUAGGGUGCCAAAUGACCCUUCUUGGGUUUGGAGGAAGAUCCUCUCUCUUAGACCUAUCAUCUACCCUCUACUCAAACAUAGGGUGGGAAAUGGCUCUACGGUCUUUCUGUGGUUUGAUAAUUGGCACCCUAUGGGUUCUUUGUGGGACAAAUUUGGUGGUAGAAUUGUGUAUGAUUCUGCUCUUGGUAUAGAUGCUAAGGUUAGUGAGAUUGUGGAGGGUAACUCUUGGAGAUGGCCCUUUCCCUCUUCAUGGGAGCUUAGGGAGCUUAUUGAUAAUACCCCCCCUACUUUCCUCCCCACUGGAGGUUCUGAUGAUGUUAGUUGGUGUCCUGCUUCCAAUAGCCAAUUCACUAUCCAGUCUACUUGGCACUAUUUGAGGAAACAUUUUGAUCCUGUGAACUGGUCUACUCUCCUUUGGGGCCCUUAUAAUAUCCCGAAGGUGAGCUUUGUGGUGUGGAUGGCUAUUCUUGGUAGGUUAAAUACUGGGGAUAGGUUGCAAAAUUUUGGUGUAACCCUAUCUGUGAAUUGUGUUUUCUGCCAGCAUCUUUGUGAGGACCACAAUCACCUCUUCUUUGAGUGUCCAUUCUCGGAAAGGGUGUGGUCUUAUAUCAAAGGUCAUAUAAAUGUGAGCUGGCCUUCUAUACCUUGGGAUGAUUUGGUCCAGCUCAUUGCUCAAUCUGUGAAAGGCAAAUCUCUUGGGGCUAUCAUCACUAAGCUUGCUUUUACAUGUACUGUCUACCAGUUGUGGAUUGCAAGGAAUAACAGAGUGUUUAAUAAGGAAAUGGUCCCGGAAGAGGUUGUUAUAAAGGGCAUUGUGGAUAUGGUUAGGUUCAGGGUAAUGCACAUUACCAAUCUGAAAUCUCACCAAACUGACAGUUGGUUUCUCCAAUCAUGGAGACUUCCCCAUACUAUGGUGAAGCCUUCGGUACCUGGGUGGCUGGUACAAGGAGCAUUAUUUUCCGAGUGGUGUGAGUUUAUAAAUUGUGGGUUGAGUGUAGUGAGCAUAUAUAUGUGUGGUGUCCUGAGUAAUCUGUCAUUGAUUCUUGUAUAUUCUCCUGUUGAUGAGCUUUUAAUUCUGUUGAGUAUUUGCUGGUUGACAGGGUCUACUACAAUGUCUAGAUACGGUUCGGGUUACAUGGAAAUUCUAUUAUGUCUAGAGAAUGUCUGCCAUCUUCACGAAACUUUGGACUGCUUUGCUGUGGUGUUGAUGCUUAUGGAGAUGCUGUCCGAUGCUCUAGUGUAUGCUGCUGCUUACCCGAUAGGUGCUGCUACCUGCUGGAUUAUUGCUAAAUCUGUGAAAGGGAAAUCCCUGGGGGCUAUUAUUACCAAGCUUGCCUUUACUUGUACUGUGUACCAGUUAUGGGUUGCUAGGAAUAAUAGAGUGUUUAGUAAAGAUAUGGUCCCUGAAGAGGUUGUUAUUAAGUGUAUUGUGGAUAUGGUUAGGUUCAGGGUAAUGCAUAUAACCAAUUUGAAGACUAACCAUAAUGACAGCUGGUAUCUUAGUUCAUGGAAACUGCCUCGUACUAUGUUGAAGCAUGCUGCUGCUGAUGUGAGGAUUGAGAGUUCACUAAAUGUGGGUUGA